UUCCUAUUUAAUCUCGACCCCCCUUAGGGUUCCCCUCCUUCCUCCUUGCGAGACCAAACCAAAGCUGCGGCGGCGCGCGCAUAGGAGGCGAAUCAGCAGCGGAACCAAGCCGCCGACGCCACCAUGGGUAUCUCGCGUGACUCCAUGCACAAGCGCCGGGCCACCGGUGGGAAGCAGAAGGCUUGGAGGAAGAAGCGAAAGUAUGAGCUCGGCCGCCAGCCAGCCAACACUAAGCUUUCAAGCAACAAGACAGUGAGGAGGGUCCGUGUUCGCGGAGGUAACGUGAAGUGGAGGGCUCUCCGUCUCGACACUGGUAACUUCUCAUGGGGUAGUGAGGCUGUGACCCGCAAGACCCGUCUCCUGGACGUGGUUUACAAUUCGUCAAACAAUGAGCUUGUGAGGACUCAGACCCUUGUCAAGAAUGCCAUUGUGCAAGUUGAUGCUGCCCCCUUCAAGCAGUGGUACCUGACUCAUUAUGGAGUCGAAAUCGGUAGGAAGAAGAAAGCUGCUGCAGCUGCCAAGAAGGAACCUGCUGAGGGGCAAGAGGCCGAGGUUGCUGCUGCUGCCACAGAGGAAGCAAAGAAGAGCAACAAUGUCCAGAGGAAGCUUGAGAAGCGCCAGCAGGGACGUACACUGGACUCGCACAUUGAGGAGCAGUUCAGUGGUGGAAGGCUGCUGGCCUGCAUUUCGUCUCGCCCUGGACAGUGUGGCAGAGCUGAUGGGUACAUCCUGGAGGGCAAGGAGCUGGAGUUCUACAUGAGGAAGCUCCAGAAGAAGAAGGGCAAGGGUGCCACAGCUUAGGCGGAAGAGCUGCUGCAUGUUACUCGUUGGAUUUUCUUAGAUGUUGCGUCCAUGUCAUGUUUGCAGACAUACUGAACACCAUUUUCUGUAAACGGUUCGAGUCCUAGGUUGAACUGAGAAUGUUUUGCCUGUUUUGGUUGUGAUCUAAAGCUAUCCAGAUUCUAUUA